GUUGUCUUUCUUUCAUCAUGAAGUUCUCCAUUGCCUUAUUAGCCCUCGUCUCUGUCGCCAUCGCUGCUGACUCCUCCUCCGGCUCUUCCGCCAAGUCGAGCUCUGCCGCCAAGUCCUCUGCUUCCGCUGCUGCUUCCUCCGGCUCCAAGUCGGCAUCUGCUUCCGCUUCCGCUUCCAAGUCUGGUUCUUCUUCCAAGAAUGGAGCUGCCGCUGCUGCCUACGGCUCUUCCGGUUUGGCCGUUUUAGCCGGCCUUGUUUUAUUAUAAGCCUUAGGUAUCAAUAUACGUAUGCUAGUCAAUUACACCGUAGCCACUGGGUCGUUCUCGCCUGAGCAAUUGAACAGGAACUGCGGUUUGUUUGUGGGAACUACGAGAUAACCACUCCAAUUGUUGUUGGUCCUGGAUGUUAUCAUUAUAGCUGCGAAUGGGAUUCAGAGUCAUUUUUGUGCGAGCUGUCAAGAAUUUGACAGUUUUCGGCCAAUAUCACGAACUCUGGUGUGGCGAGUGGUCCAAGGUCCACUCGUACUAGGCUCGUAGACUAGACAACGCCGAUGUGGCGGGCGAGACUCUCC